AAUCUUGCCACUGGUGAAAUGACCAGGAAAUGCAGCGGCAGGAAGUGAACCAAAACUGAAAGAGAUUGGGGAUCUGCAAGCGGCCCGCCUAAGCUCGCCGGUUUGAUGCAGUGAGACCGUGAUGGAGAGAUCUAGCAGUUGGACAGAGGUGGUGUUGCUAGCAUGUGGGUCAUUUAAUCCCAUCACAAACAUGCACCUCAGGAUGUUCGAAUUGGCCCGCGAUUAUCUCCACCAAACAGGAAAGUACAGGGUAGUAAAGGGUAUAAUAUCUCCAGUCGGUGAUGGAUACAAGAAGAAGGGUCUAAUUGAAGUGAAGCACCGACUAGCUAUGGUGAGAAAGGCCACAGAGAGCUCUGACUGGGUCACAGUGAGUUCUUGGGAAAGCCAACAAGAAGAGUGGGUGGAGACUGCUAAAGUUCUCAGGUACCAUAAUGAGAAUUUGGAGAUCCUCAGUAAUAACGAGAAGAAGAUCACGACCCAACGCAGGAAGGGCAAGAAAAGGAAGCUCAAUGAAAAUGAUGACAGUACCCCGGAAGCAAAAGAGGUCCCGGGGUUAAUGCUCCUAUGUGGAGCUGAUGUUGUGGAGUCUUUUAACAUUCCCAACCUAUGGAAGAAGGAAGACAUUGAAGAGAUUGUCGGGAAAUUUGGCAUCGUGUGCAUCAGCCGUCUCGGGAGCAACAUCGAGAAAUUUGUCUAUGAGUCUGAUGUCAUGUGGAAGUUCAAGGAAAAUAUUCAUCUUGUGACCGAAUGGAUUGCCAAUGAAAUCUCAUCCACAAAAGUUCGGCAAGCUCUGCGAAGGGGACAGAGUGUUAAAUAUGUGAUACCUGAUUCCGUCAUUGAAUAUAUUCAACAGCACAAUUUGUAUGAUCCAUGUAGUGAAGACAAGAACUCUAAUGUCACUUUAGCACCAUUGCAGCGCUAUUUGUACCUUUCGAUUCUUUUUACAAUGUCGACUGAUUUCAAUGGCACCUGGAACAUUAUCAGCAAUGAAAACUUCGAGUCUUAUAUGCAAGCAUUGGAUAUUGACUUUGCAACUCGUAAAAUUGCCAGAAUGCUGAGUCCUCAGAAGAUUAUUGAACAGAAAGGAGAUUUCUUCACUAUCAAAACCAUAAGCUCAUUCAGAAACUAUGAAGUCCAGUUUAUUGUGGGAGAAGAAUUUGAAGAAAAUACGAAAGGAUUAGACAAUCGUAAAUGUAAGUCUCUUGUUACAUGGGACAACAACAAACUCUUAUGUGUGCAGAAAGGAGAGAAGAAGGAUCGAGGAUGGACCCACUGGAUAGAGGACAAUAAACUGUACUUGGAACUCUUCUGUGAAAACCAAGUGUGCAAACAAGUUUAUAAGAAAAUGUCCCCAGCUUAAAAACAAGUGGAAAAAAACAAAUGUGAUUCCUAUCAUUUUAAGGAUGGUGAUUUUGGCUACAUUUUACAGCUGCUUUUCUUCAAUUAGGAAUCAAUUUGCUUGUCAUCCAUUGGUUUCAAAUAAGGUAGUACUUCUUAAUUCACUGAGACAAAGAUACCCCCUCAUUCCAUAUUAUUGAAAAAUUGAAAUACCUUGACACUCAGUAUGGAUCUUCUAUAAUCAGCUUCAUUUUUGGGAGGUAAACUGAUACUUUUGGAAUGUGGUUGUUUUUUGGAAAAAAUUGCAUGCGAGAAUCUGAUAAUCAUUAAAGAAUAGCAAAGUGA